AUGUCAGACUUACAACAAUAUGUUGACCAAUCAGUAGAAGUGAUCACAGUUGAUGGCCGUGUAAUAGUGGGAACACUCAAAGGGUUCGAUCAAACGACAAACAUUAUCUUGUCUGGAUGUCACGAACGUGUGUUCUCUGAGACAGAGGGUGUUGAGAAAGUUCCGCUUGGAUUGUAUAUAAUACGAGGGGAUAACAUAUGUGUUGUAGGCGAACUGGAUACUGAACGUGACGAAGCGAUAGAUUUAUCAGAAAUUAGAGCACCUCCGAUAAAUGACAUCAUGAAGCGUUAA